GUUACUAUAGAGCAAAGACCUUUUUGGAUGACAAAUUAUAAGUAGCGGAUCUCAAGCCUAUGCUCGAGGCUUUUCUUCUUGAUCCACUCUUCAUCUUCAUCGAGUUUCCAUUUCAUUACCAUUUGUACAAUCAUUCUUCAAUCUGCAUUUGCAAUCCAUUUCAAGUUGUUCUUCUGGUUACUAACAGCACCUUUCACCACCACCCUUUUGAUCUCCAGCAUUUCAUUUUUGUUGAUUCCACCAGCCUUCUGCUAUUAGAGUAGUACUGUCAACGGGAACAUCUAUUGACUGGUUUUACAAGUUCACCUUGAUUUUUGAAGAGCAUGACAUUUUGCUUCUUGGGAGAUUAAGUAUUUCGAUAAUGAGUUGAUACUUUGUGGAAACCCAAGUGGUGUUUUUGAGAAAAUUGAUUAGUGUUGUGGGUUAUGGAGCACCUGCCUGUUGAGGUCAUUGGUAACAUACUGUCCCGGCUCAGUGCUGCGCGAGAUGUGGUGGUAGCCUCCACAACAUGUCAGAAAUGGCGAGAAGCUUGCCGCAAACACCUUCACACGCUUUCAUUCAAUUCCAAUGAUUGGCCUGUGUAUCGGGAUUUAACAACUAGUCAAUUGGAAAUCUUAAUAACGCAAACAAUUUUUCAAAGUACUGGAUUACAAGGUCUAUCAAUCUUAAUGGAUGAUGUUGAAGAGUUCUUGGGUUCCACUGUUAUUGCAUGGCUCAUGUACACCAGAGAAACGCUUCGGCAAUUGUUUUAUAAUGUUCGGACUGCUCCAAAUGUAAACAUUCUAGAAAUUUGUGGGAGGCAAAAGUUGGAAAUGUUGGUCUUGGGCCAUAAUUCUGUCACAGGAGUUGAACCCAAAUUUCAGAGAUUUCCUUGUUUGAAAUCUCUUUCUUUGAGGUAUGUUAGUAUUUCAGCAUUGGAUCUGAGCCUUUUGCUAAGUGCAUGCCCAAAGAUUGAAACCUUAGAACUUGUCAACCCAGAGAUAGCAAUGUCAGAUGCACAAGUGACUGUUGAGCUGAGCAGUCCAACAUUAAAGAGCAUUUAUGCAGAAAGAAUCAGUUUGGAAAAGUUUAUAUUGGAGGCUGAUAGCAUUCAGCGUUUGCACCUGAAAGCUUGUGCUCUUGAGGUCUUUGAACUCAUUGGAAAGGGGACCUUGAAGCAUUUCAAGAUUGAUGAUGUUAGUGUCUUUCAUCUUGAUAUCGGUGAUAAUGUUGAAAACCUUGAGAUUGUAGAUAUUAGCAAUUUUACAAUUAUAUGGCCAAAAUUUUACCAGAUGAUCUCGAGAUUGUCAAAAUUGAGGAGGCUUCGGCAUGGGAUGUGAUUUUUUUAUGAUGAGGAUGAGAUUGUGGAUUUAGAAACGAUUGCUGUCUGUUUACCACAGCUGAGUCAUUUGUCAUUGAGUUAUGAUUUAAGAGAUGGAGUGCUUCACUAUGGUUUGCAAGGAUCUUCUCAUCUGGAGAAUGUUACUUUCUUGGAGCUUGGGUGGACUCUAAUCAAUGAUAUCUUCAUACAUUUUGUUGAAGGGCUGUUGAAACGAUGCCCAAGUCUUAAGAAAUUGGUUAUUCAUGGGGUUGUUUCAGAAGCCAAAACCCAUGAAGAAUGCCAAACGUUAGCAAAUUUCACCUCAUCCAUCGUCCAGCUCAUGAGACAAUACAUGUAUGUAGAGGUGCAGUUUGACUAUGAGUAGAAACAUUGCAACAAAUAUGUGAAAUUCCAGUUUUGUUCAAUUGUAAAAGCGCAUAUGCAGGUAAAUUUUACAGCUUGUUGAGCAUGAGCAGCUUUUUGCAUUCUAUAUGAUAGUUGAUCUGUCUUCCCCUGAUUGAUUUAGUAGUUUCUUAAACAAAAAAUGGCUCAAGAUCUCUCUCUCUCUCUCUCUCUCUCUCUCUCUCUCACACACACACACACACACACACACACAGAGUUACAUGCUCAUGUGCAAAAAAAGGUGUGCACACACAUCCACACAUGCUAGUGCACACUGUCUUCUGUUGUUUUUCCUUGCUGAUUUGCCUCCUUUUUCGUAUGCCACUUUUGUAAUCUUUCUUCAAGUGCCUUCAAGUGCCAUUGAUCGGAGUUACACAGUUUACCUCUGGUAUUUGUCUCGGUUGUCUUUUUUCCUUAUUUUGUUGUAACUUAUAGUUGUGGUAGCAAUGCAGUUACAAAUUUAUUGUGAUAUUGCUGUCACUUCUCCCAAAUUUGAAUGUUAUUACGCUUCCACUUCAAAAGGCAUCUGUCUUUUAUAUGGUUGAGACUGUAGGUUUAAAUACAGUUAUUCACUGGAGCUACUCUGAUACAGAAAGCAUACGUCUUAUUGCUAUUUUAAAUCUAUUUUAAAAUGACUGAUUUAGAAGAAAGACUAAAAUAAAGUGUGGUGUAAUUUUUCUGUCCUUUCACUUAAAGCGUUGAGUAUUAUUAAUGGCUGGCAAUUGGGGCCUUGAUUACCUCAUUCAAUGAAAGGAUCCUCACUUGUCAGCUAUAUGUUGGCAGAUGGGUAGGAAUUGCCUAGUUCUGAAUUAGGGUAACAUGUGAAAAAGGAAUUAUUUUUUUUCUCCACCGGAAUCUUAUGAUUUCUAUAACAGCUGACCAUUUCUACUUCUUUUGGUUUUAAAGGAUUCUCGAAGUGUUAGUCCUUAUAAAGAGGAGUGUGCGACUAGGAGUUAGAGCCAGGAGGAGUCAUUAUGUUUGAGAGACCUUGAAAUUCUUAUAAUUGGUUGGUGGCUGUUGAACAGUGAAAGAUGUCAGCUUACCUGACUAUCUUCACACCUAUUUCAUUUUAUAAUGACAACUUAUUAUAAUUUAUGCUACUGUUUACUUAAUUGAUCUCUGUGACCAGUUAGCUAGUAUUUCCAAUAUUCUUCAAAUGUACAUUAAAAUAUCUUCGUUGCAUGUUGAAUGUCACAUCUCCGCCAUCAUUGAUAGUUUUGUUCCUCUGCUACAUUCUUUUUGGUGAUGUGAAAAGUUUCUUGCCCUUGUUGUGAUCAGUCCAUCUUGGAGUUUAUGUCUCUUGUUUCUGCACCAGGAGCUUUAUCUAAUUGAAUUGAUGAUAGAUAAACUGCAUUCUCAUAAAUAGUCAUAUGUUGAUGCAUAUGCCUGAUUCAUCAGCUAAGUCCACUUCAGUGAUCAAUAUGAUCAUUCCUUGCUAAGGCUAAUUUAUGAUAGCUGGAGCCUGGAUUUCUGAUUAGAUAGGCAGCUGCAAAAGACAGAUUCGAUGGAAAGAUAUAGGAAAAAGAAUGAAGAAAUUAAUUUAAAGACUGUCAGUUGAUUAUAGAAACAAGCGUAACGUUUAGUUGUGUGAUAGAUAAUAGAGAAUGUUGUCUGAAUAUAAUGAAAAAUUAGGCAUCUUGCUUUUUCAGGUUUCUUUUAGUUUUGGAUUUUUAGCAUGUUGUCCAUUGGGAUAUCAGACACCAGAUUGUGUCUUCUGGCCUUUUCACCUUGAAUUCUAGAUGAGGAUUUUUAUCAUUUUUGUUUUUCUGUGUUGGGGUAUUGAGCGGUUUGCAACCUGGAGUCUUUGAGUAUCUAUCCUCCUCUGUUUGAUUGGAUAUUCACAUCUUGCAUUAAUUGUAGUGUGAAACAAGAGCUAUGCUGCUAAAUUUCUUCACGAGAAUACGUAUACAGGCUAUGAUACAUAUCUACACAUAUAUGGUUGAGUUCAAAGAAAGAGUUCUGUGGAAAACGGUAAUGUAUGAUCAUUUGGACUCAUUAAUUAAGUAUAAAAACGCCAUAUUAAGACACUAAAUAAUUUUUUUUCCUUAGACUACGUCUUUGCAUGGCCCCCUGGAAAUGCACAUGGAGUCUUCGGCCUUGAUCACUGUAUAUUAUGGAAAUUAACAUAGUAUUUGAGGCUAUGUAGCAUUCAAGUUAAUAUACCACAUUUAAGGCAUACUUCGACCACUUGUUUAUACCAUCCCAUUUUGGUUUUUAUUUGAGACAUUAGGGUCACCAAUUUGUUCAUCCAGAGGUUUAUGGGAUAAGGUGCUUCACUGAUUUUCAUGUUCUCUUCCUUCCCUGUUUUCAAACUGAAUAUUCUAUGGCAUUUUUUCUGAGUUUUGAACAGCCAGAAAACUUUUAUGUGAAAUGGUUAUAGUUCUAAGACCGUAGAGUGAAAGAUUCCUACUCAAAAUUAUGGUGGUUUAGACUUUUUGAAAAGUCUGUUGAGAUAUAUUUUUGUUGUGCUCUGGCAAUCUCUUUUCUAACAUGGACAGGAAUAUAAAGACCACUAGGCCAGUCGUGCCCACCGUUUCUGGAGUAUUUCUUGAGGUGCUAAUUGCAUAAAAAGUUGGCACUAGGCAUGAGCAGAGUCCCACAUUGCCUGGGUACCUUUGAGAUGUGUUGUAAGCUGAUUUUAUGGAUGUGUUCUAUUGAUAGAUUUAGCACGGUAUUAGCUAUAGGGCAGGUGUACUGCAGGGAUGGUGGGUUCACAUAGUUGCAUUUCCUGCCCGAAGUAGAAUGGGACAGCCGAGUGGCUCCAGCCCUAGCUCUGAGAUGAAGUGUUAGCCUACUUUGACAUUGCCUUGGUACCUUUAAGAUAUGCAACAUAUAAUCAUGAGACCCUCUUAUAAGCCGGUCGUAAAGGAUGCGCUCUACUUACAGGUUUUCUAGUCAUUGUGGAUCAGUCACAUUUAUCUAGAUAUGUUUUGUUUGCAAAAAUCUGUGAACUUCCAACAUACAAUAGAAAGAGCCUGAUGGUCAAGUGCUUAUUCUCGUGUUUCUUUCUGAUCAAAAGACAUUUGGAGGCCCUGGGAAGACGCUCUGUUAAAUCUGAUCAUGGCCACCAAAGCCUGCCCUUGUCUUUGAAGUAUGUUGAUAAUUAUGGAUUUUUGUUGCACAGAAGUUUCACAUGUACUUGAGUAUACAAGCAUUGCAUUGAUUGCAGACUUAUUUGUUGUUCCAAUAAAUACAUUUUCAAACCGGCGCUAAAUUGCUUGUGAGCAUCCUAGUGGUGGUUCCUUGAAU